AUUCUCCUCAAUCGUCCCUCUGCCUUCAAGACACCAUACACAGCACGAAACCCCACGACUUUGAAGCGAUUGGGCUGUCCUGGAAGAACAGGCGGUGCACUUGUUGUCAGCGUAGAACCAGACGUCCCAGUCGACCUCGAUCGCCCGCAUCUCCUCGGGGUAAGACCCGGGCUUGCUAGCACAUACUUCGCAACUGUCGGAUAUAGUCUCCAUUGGGAGUGGACACUCACAUUCAAGAUGGCGCUUCCCAAGCGAAUAAUCAAAGAAACCGAACGCCUGCUGUCCGACCCGGCGCCUGGUAUCCAAGCGACGCCACAUGAGGACAACCUCCGGUACUUUGAUGUGGUCAUGGACGGGCCCAGCCAGAGCCCCUUUGAAGGCGGAAAAUUCAAACUCGAACUCUACCUCGCAGAAGACUACCCGCUGUCGCCACCAAAAGUCCGCUUCCUUACCAAGCUCUAUCACCCUAACAUUGACAAGCUUGGGCGGAUAUGUCUAGACAUCCUGAAAGAUAAAUGGUCGCCAGCCUUACAGAUCCGCACUGUUCUGCUCUCCAUUCAAGCGCUUCUCUCCGCACCGAAUCCUGAUGACCCACUGGCGAACGACGUGGCCGAGCAUUACAAGACAGACGAGAAGGCGUGAGUAAUUGUCGUUAUGGUGUUGGUGAUGCUCAGUUAUAUGCGUGUGGCCAGCAAGACGGCUUUGCAUCUCGAGCAGCGUAUGCAGUCUUGUUUGUCAUUCACGAUCAAAGCAAGUUAUAGCUGACCCAACAACAUUCGGCGACUUUUUUUACCACUUACAUACCACCCAGUGCUAUCGAAGUCAGCCGGCAGUGGACGCAGAUGUACGCCAAGUGAGACUUCGCUGGCUCAGAGGGUGCAUGCCAGCCGUUCGCACAUCCACAUGCAGACGUUGUCUCCUCUUCGCGAU